AUGGAAAUAGCCUUGAGCGAGCCUUGCAUGCCAAAGGAAUGGUGGCCGAACAGGAUGAACCAGCUGUGCAAAGUGUGCGGAGAACCCGCCGCUGGAUACCACUUCGGAGCCUUUACGUGCGAAGGAUGCAAGUCCUUCUUCGGCCGCACGUACAACAACUUGGCGGCGCUGGGCGACUGCAAGAACAGCGGCCAGUGCGUCAUCAACAAGAAGAACAGGACCUCGUGCAAGAGCUGCAGGCUCAAGAAGUGCCUCAUGGUCGGCAUGUCCAAAAGCGGCUCCCGGUACGGACGGCGCUCCAACUGGUUCAAGAUCCACUGCCUGAUCCAGGACCAGGCGGAGAUGAACUCGCGCAUCGCUGAGCAGCAUCAGUUGGGCGGCGCGGCUCCGCAGCCCCUGACAGCUUUGUACGACAAGGACAUGCUGGGCCACCACUACGCAGCCAAGGCGGAGGAGGCCAACGGCACGAGUUCUCCGCUGUGGUCGUCGGACAAGCCGCCGUCGUCGCCGGCCUCCUCGUAUCCCCCGCCAUCGUCGUCCGCCAGCACCGUGGCAUCAACGCCGACGGCCUGCGAGACCAAAUCCUCGAACGGAGAAAGUCCAACGAAUACCGACGCAUUCGCCUACCAUCCCAUGUCGCCCGUGUCGCCCAUCUCUCCGUUGCAUCCGAGCAAAUUCUUCUUCCACCCUGGCGCCGGCGUGUUUUUCGGCAAGGCGCCUAUCACUCACAACGGACUGUCCAAGCUCUACGCCGAGGGUGGCGGCGCCAUUGCCUAUCCGUACUCCCCCCGGUACCUCCCGUUCGGCCCGGUCAAACCGUACCGGGACAUGCUGCACCCGUCUACGCUGGUCGUCAACGGCGAGUGCCUAGCCGACUUGCCCGAGCAGGAAGGGCCCAUUGACUUGUCCGUCAAGAAGGCUCCCUCGCCCAACGCCACGCCAGCCCGUGAGGGCGACGGCCAACUCGCCGGAGAGGACGAGGACGUCAAGCCCGCGGUCUUGGCGCCGUCCUCCUCUUGGGCCGUCGCCGAGAUUCCGCUCGACCUGAGGAGCGCGAAAAAGUGCUAA